CUUUUAGUCCCAUCCCGACCACUGCACCGGAAGCUUUCCCAAGCGGAGAUCGCUCUGCAGGUGUAACUUUUCUGGUGGGGAGAAGCCGCUUUGGAAUCCUGCUCGCCAAAGUACGUAGUUCACUCCUACCGAGACCGACUCCAGCACGCCAUCAUGUCUGUCUGCUGUCGCUUAUUUUCCGACUAUUUAUCCGGUUUAUCCUGGCUCAGUUGGACUUUGACCUGGACCUGGACCCGGACCUCGAUAUCUGAGCACUGGCAGCACACAGUUCCCCAUAACUUAUGCACCGCACGGGCUUAUCAAUCUACCAACGCAUACGUGGAGUUAAGUACCACCGGCCGCACCUUGGGUGGUCGAGGAAUUUCUAGAUUGCUUCAAUGCUUUAUCUAUAUGGCCAGACUCACACCAUGCAGGGAUUAUAUCCACAACCCCUGCUGUGGUUGCAGCGCCAAUGCUGACUUGCCACACCUUCGUAGCUAGGCUGGAGGGGUUUGACGCUAUCAUUGCUCUUAAUUUACACACUCCAUAAUCGGUAAAUGGCUGCGGUUGUCAUGUAUCCUGAUU